CUUCCUCUCGGAGCCCUACCUGCGCAUAGAGCAGGUCCGGGUCCCCCGGGACAAGCUGGUGGGCCGCAGCAGGCCCGGCCGGUACAGCCACAUCCUGGAUGACUUGUACAAGACGAACGCGCUGCCCCCGACGGCCCGGCGCAGCCGGAUCGGGGUGCUCUACGCCCCCCGGGCGGACGGGACGGCAGACAUGCACAUCGUCAUCAAUGGCGAGGACAUGGGGCCGAGUGCCAGGAACCUCCCUGCCGCCCGCCCACUCUACGCGGUGAUCGAUGUCUUUGCUUCAACCAAGAGCGUCCGUGUCAUCCAAGUGGAAUAUGGCCUGCCGUCCCUGCAGACCCUCUGCCGGCUGGUCAUCCAGAAGCACAUUGUCCACCGCUUGGCCAUGGAUGGGCUGGACCUGCCGCCGCUCUUGAAGGACUUCUGCAAAUAUGAAUGAGGUGGCAAGGGCUGCUCCCGUGCGCCGCUCCUGCCGGUGAUGGAGAACGGCCUUCCCAAGAGGGGCCACGAGUGCUCCUCCAUCUUCACCCCCAGACUCGUCGGAGCAAGGGGCCCUCGGCAGUUACCGCACCGAGCCACAUGGUGCCGCGGAAGCGUGCAGUGCCACAAACCACUGGCAUGGCAGGGCCUGCAGCCCAGUCAGUAGCAGCACGGGGGUCCCUGUUCCACAAUGCUGUUCUAGAGAUCAAGGGUAAUAAAGAGCUUCCCAAGCAA